AUGUCUUCCCCUCCCGACCCCGAAGUCAUCCUCUACGAUCUCGCCUGCACGAAAAACAUCUGCUUCUCCCCCGUCGUCUGGCGCAUCCGCCUCCUCCUGAACUACAAACGAAUCCCCUACCGCACCAUCUUCCUCGAAUUCCCCGACAUCGAGCCGACCCUCCAAAACCUAACCAAAAACACGCCUACACAGUCCCGGCAAUCCACCACACCCCCUCCUCCACCCUCCUCAUGGACUCCCUCCCCAUCACGGACUUCCUCCUCGCAACAUACCCCUGCCCGCCUCACCUCCCCCUUCUCCCCCGUCCCGGACCCCGCCCUCGAGACCCGCAUCCGCGCCGCCUCCGGCCCCGUGCUCCUCCGCUCCAUCAUGCCCCGCGAGAUCCGCAUCCUCUGCCCCCGUGCGGCGGAGUACUUCCGGCGCUCGCGCGAGGCGGGGCUCAAUGGUGCGAAACUGGAGGACGUGCUGGAGGGAGAGGAGGAGAGGUGGGAGGACGCGAGGGAGGGGCUGCGCGGGCUGGAUGAGGAGUUGAAGGGGAUCAUGGCGGGGGGGAGGUUUCUGGGUGGUGAGACGCCGUGUAUGACGGAUUUUUUUAUCGCGGGGAGUUUGCAGUCUGCUAGGACGGUGGAUGAGGGUGUUUUUCGGAGGGCGGUGGUGGUUGAGAGUUAUAAGGUGAUUUAUGAGGCGUGUUUGCCGUGGAUGGAGAGGAACGAUUGA